ACACUGCACAAGCUGGGCACUUUGAAGCCAAGGCAGAAGUGGUAUUAAGUCAUGAUGCAGGAGUCGGCCAGUGAGACAAUAAGCAACAGUUCAAUGAGUCAAAAUGGAAUGAGCACCCUAAGCAGCCAAUUAGAUGCUGGCAGUAGAGAUGGAAGAUCAAGCGGUGACACGAGCAGUGAAGUAAGCACAGUCGAGCUGCUGCAUCUGCAACAACAGCAGGCCCUUCAAGCAGCAAGGCAAUUACUCUUACAGCAACCAGGCAGCGGCCUGAAGUCUCCAAAGAACAACGACAAACAGCGUCCACUGCAGGUGCCGGUGUCAGUGGCCAUGAUGAGUCCACAGGUGAUCACUCCUCAGCAGAUGCAGCAGAUCCUUCAGCAGCAGGUGCUCUCCCCUCAGCAGCUCCAGGCCCUUCUCCAGCAACAGCAGGCCGUCAUGUUACAGCAGCAACAUUUACAGGAGUUCUACAAGAAGCAGCAGGAGCAGCUUCACCUCCAGCUACUGCAGCAACAGCACCCCAGCAAACAGGCGAAAGAGCAACAGCAGCAGCAGCAACAGCAGCAGCAUCAGCAGCAGUUAGCGGCGCAGCAGCUGGUCUUUCAGCAGCAGCUCCUUCAGAUGCAACAGCUCCAGCAGCAGCAGCAUCUUCUCAGCAUGCAGCGCCAAGGCCUGCUGUCUCUGCCCCCGGGCCCGGGACAGAGCGCCCUCCCCACGCCUACGCUGCCACCAGCGGGCCUAAGUCCAGCCGAACUUCAGCAGCUGUGGAAGGACGUAACCGGCAGUCACCCCAUGGAGGAUAACAGCAUGAAACACAGCGGCCUGGACCUUAGCACCACCAACUCUAAUUCCACUACUUCUUCCAACUCCUCCAAAGCUUCUCCACCCAUCAACCACCACCCCAUCUCCAACGGCCAGUCGCAAGCUGUGAACAACCGCAGGGAGAGCUCGUUACAUGAAGAGACUGGAGCGUUACAUUCACAUUCUCUCUAUGGUCAUGGAGUGUGCAAAUGGCCGGGCUGUGAGAGCAUCUGUGAUGACUUUGGACAGUUUUUGAAGCACCUUAACAAUGAGCACGCUUUGGAUGACAGGAGCACAGCACAGUGCCGAGUCCAAAUGCAGGUGGUACAGCAGCUAGAGAUACAGCUUUCUAAAGAACGCGAGCGUCUUCAGGCAAUGAUGGCCCACUUGCACAUGCGGCCCUCGGAGCCCAAGCCAUCUCCCAAACCGUUGAAUCUGGUGUCCAGCAUGACCAUGUCAAAGAACCUGCCGUCGAUCUCGCCACCGAACCUGCCGCAGACUCCUACCACCCCAACUGCGCCUAUUACACCACUGAGCCAGAUACCCCAGGUGCCCUCUGUCCUCAGCCCAGCCACCAUGCCCAGCAUGGGCGCCAUGCGCAGACGCCACGCCGACAAAUACUCCAUGUCUCUCUCUUCAGAAAUAGCCCCAAAUUAUGAGUUCUAUAAGAACGCUGAUGUCAGACCACCAUUCACGUAUGCGACGCUCAUCAGACAGGCGAUCUUGGAUUCGAAAGACAUGCAGUUAACACUUAAUGAAAUCUACAGCUGGUUCACGUGCACCUUUGCCUACUUUAGACGCAACGCUGCCACUUGGAAGAAUGCUGUGCGCCACAACCUGAGUCUGCACAAGUGUUUUGUGCGGGUGGAGAAUGUAAAAGGUGCAGUGUGGACAGUAGAUGAGAUGGAGUACCAGAAACGCAGAUCUCAGAAGAUAACGGGGAGUCCUACACUGGUGAAGAACUUGCCGUCCAGUCUGGGCUAUGGAGCAGCUCUUAAUGCAAGCCUUCAGGCGGCUCUGGCCGAGACCUCCCUGCCCCUGCUGGGUAACACAGGUUUUAUGAACAGCAGCGCGUCAUGUCUGAUGGGCGCGAGUCCACCCGGACUGCUGAGCGGCAGCCCACCUAGCCUUUUACAAAGCUGCCCCCACGACGACUUUAACGGCUGCCUCGAUCACCUCGACACUAACGGCCAUGGCAGCCCCGACUACUCCCCCCACACCCACCUGCCUCCAGUUCACAUCAAGGAGGAGCCACUAAACAUGGACGAUGAUGACUGUCCGAUGUCGUUGGUGACGACAGCCGACCACAGUCCAGAUUUAGAUGAGGAUCGGGAGCUGGAAGAGGGCAACCUAUCGGAGGACGUAGAGUGACGCUUAUCUCCAGCUUGUUUCGCUGGGAUAUACCCCGACCAGACUGCCCCCUAACCACUUCAAACCCACAGAGCGUCAACAAAC